AUGGAUCCAUCACAAUAUCAUUUUGAUAUCGCAGCCUACAAUCAAAAUCGUGAAAUUGAAGAAAAUUAUAUAGUCAAUCGAUUUAGAGAGCGUAGAAAUAAAAUAUCGGAAGAUACUGCACCUCGUAGUAGAAAAUAUCUCAAUAGAGAUCAUGCAGCGGCAAACCAAAGACUAAUUGACGACUACUUUGCCAAUGAGCCUACAUAUGGCGAUGCAAUGUUUCGUCGUCGGUACCGGAUGAAAAAACAUGUUUUCCUUCGAAUCGUUGGGGACCUUUCAAGUAGUGAUGACUACUUCACCCAGCGAGUUGAUGCAACCAAUAAAGAAGGUAUAUCACCCUUAGCAAAAUGUACCACAGCAAUGCGAAUGUUAGCAUAUGGUGUGGCAGCAGAUGCGGUCGAUGAGUACAUCAAAAUAGGAGGUACUACAAUGUUGGAGUGCUUACGUAGAUUCUGUAAAGGAAUCAUACGCUUGUACGAGCAAGUGUAUCUGAGAGCACAAACCCAAGAUGACCUGCAAAGAAUACCGCAUGUUAGUGAAAUGCGGGGGUUCCCAGGGAUGAUCGGGAGUAUUGACUGCAUGCACUGGGAGUGGAAAAAUUAUCCUAAAGCAUGGGAAGGACAAUUUACUAGAGGGGAUAAGGGAACCACCACAGUUAUUCUUGAAGCAGUUGCAUCUCAUGACCUAUGGAUCUGGCAUGCCUUUUUUGGAUGUCCGGGAACGUUGAACGAUAUAAACGUUCUAGACCGGUCACCAGUGUUUGAUGACGUGGAACAGGGAAAGGCUCCAAGUGUGAAUUUCUUUGUGAAUCAACGUCCAUAUAAUAUGGAGGGAUGUCGGAAGGACAUCGAACGUGCAUUUGGAGUGCUCCAAGCUCGAUUUAAAAUCAUCCGUGAACCAGCUCGCAUGUGGGACAUAGCUGAUUUGGGUAUCAUCAUGAGGUCAUGCAUCAUAUUACAUAAUAUGAUUGUUAAGGAUGAACGAGAUUCAUAUUCUCAACGUUGGACCGAUUUUGAGCAAUCUGGGGAAAGUGGAUCUAGUGCACCACAACCAUACUCGACCGAGGUGUUACCCGCUUUUGCAAAUCACGUUCGAGCUAGAUCAGAGUUCCGUGAUCAAAAUGUUCAUCAAGAAUUGCAAGCCGAUCUAGUGAAGCACAUAUGGACAAAGUUUGGAAUGUUUCGUGAUUGA